GAAUGGCUAAGGAAUUUCUGAAUGACUUUUCUCACUAUCAAGACGUUUGCAAGUACUUCAAGAGGCACUGGGAACCAAUAAGUAAUAGAUGGGCUGAUUAUGGACGUUGUUAUAACCAUGGGAAUUCAGAGACAAACAAUUUAAUAGAAAGAUUUUUCCAUCGACUGAAAUACCAAUUAUUAUCUGGAAUAAGAAAUCGACGAUUGGAUGACUUGCUUGAUGGCCUGCUUUGCAAGACAGAGACUUACUUUCAGAUCAUAAAACACUUGCAGUCAGUUGGAAGAAUGCCAAACUCCAUUGCCAUGACAUUGGAGGAAACAUUUAACAAAGCCACAGGAAUGAUGGAAAAAGGCUGGCCUAACCUCAUCACAAGCGAAUCAUCAGACGCAUACAAUGUACCAUCCGAACAAGACCCUUCACUUUCCUACAGGACCUGCUCUGCAGAGUGCUUCUGUAGUUGCCCUGUUGGUGUGAGAGGUCAAGUAUGCAAACAUUUGGAGUUGCUAGAUGUAGUCAAAGAUAAGGAUAGUGAUUCAUUCCCUGAUUUUGCUCUUCAGCUAGAAGCUCAUGCAAAAACUUUACAAGACAAAGGUCACUUCAAUCUCUGUGGUGACGAAAAAAUGGAAAUCAGUGUGGAAAGCCUUUGUGGGAGAGGAACAUACCAUGCAUCUUUGAAAGCCUUUUCUUGUACCUGUUGUACAUUCUCAUAACAUAGUAUUUGUCCCUGCCUUAUUCUAGCACAACAGCUGUUUGGCAUGACCAUUAAUGAAAAAAAGUGCUGUUCUGUCAAUCAAACUGACACUGCUGAUUUGGAUUUCAUGCAACAAGACAGCAGUUCAGACUUCCAGAAACUAGAGGACGUUCUUGAAAUAGUCAAAAUAUGGCAGACCGUUCCAGAGCACAUCAAGCUGCAAAUAAAUGAUCUUCAUGUUAACGUGCACCAAGAAGACAGAAGUCUUCGGUUAAAAAGACACUGUACCAAUGACACUUCAAAGAAAA